UCUUCAUUUAACAAGUUGAAAAUCUGCUGAAUAAUUCAUGAAGAGUGGAAGGGCUGAAUCUUCUUGGAAUGAUAUACAGUGUACGUACUGUGGCACAGGAGAAACUGCAAAGCUUUGUAUCAGUUGCUGCCGUUUCUGCUGCCGAUUGCAAGGUGCUGCUGCUUUUGCUGUUCUCACAGCUACAGAAACCUCAGUCGUGCUCCGGUCUGCCAACAGCCAUUUGCCUCCCUACGGACCCACCUUCACCAGGUACAAUCCGUGGACUCUUGCUGCCUACCUGCCUUGGACACUGCUAGUUUUUGGAUCGUUACUGCAAAUAGCAUUUUCUGGACCUUACAGCUUGUAUGACUGAAACCUGCCUUAGAGUCCCUCAGCUGCACAGCCUCCCGUGUGCUUGGUGAAGACUCCUGCAGCAGAACUUCUGACCCAGACAAGGAUGGGAUUUACAGGGCAAAGUCAAAACUGAGCUGCAUUCAGCGAGAUGCCCAACGCCUCUUCCUGGAGUGCUAGCUCGCCUCUGCUGCUGCUCUGGGAGGACUCCUCCGGGACCCGCAUCUUUCUGUCGCUGCUCUAUGCAGUCUUAGCUAUCUCAGGGACUUUAUCCAAUGUGAUGGUCAUCUAUUUAGUCUUCUCCUUCAAGAAGCUGCAGACAACCAGCAAUGCCUUCAUCGUGAACGGCUGUGCGGCAGACCUGAGCGUGUGCGCCCUGUGGAUGCCCCAGGAGGCUGUGCUGGGGCUGCUGCCCCCCAAUUCCUCCUCCCUUCGCUCGGCGGAGUACCGGCUGCUCCGAGGGGGGCUCCUGGGCCUCGGCCUCACCGUCUCCCUGGCCUCGCACCUGCUGGUGGCUUUCAACAGGUACGUGCUCAUCACCAAGCUGCCCAGCGUGUACCAGGCCCUCUACCAGCGGAGACACACGGGCUGCAUGAUCGGGCUCUCCUGGGCUCUCGCCCUGCUCCCGGUCCCGCUGCUGCCCGGGCUCUGGACCCUGGGCUCUGCUCAGUCGGACGGCAGCUCUCGCUACACCGCCCUGCUCCUCGCCCUGGCCGUGCUGGGCCAGACCGCGCUGCUGCUCCACUGCUACCUCGGCAUCGUGCGGCGGGUGCGGGGCAGCGCCAAGCGGGUCAGCGUCCUCAACUUCCACCUGCUGCACCAGCUGCCCUUUCCCGCCGCGCCGCCGCCGCCUCGCCGCGCCCAGCGCCGCCUCAGCAGCGUCUCCGUCCUGCUGCUCUGCUGCGUGUUCCUGCUGGGCACCCAGCCCCUGGUCUGGGUGAGCCUCCUGGGCUUCUUCCUGCGCCCGGCGCCGCCGGCGCUGGAGGCCGCCAGCUGGCUGCUGCUCUGCUCGCUCUCGGCCCUCAACCCGCUGCUCUACACGUGGCGCAGCGAGGAGUUCCGCCGGGCGGCCCGCUCCGUCCUGCCCCGCGGCGAGGGCCCGGCCGCCGCCCCUCGCCCCUCCGCCGCCGCCGCGGGCCCCGCCGGCGCCCCGCCCUGCCCGCAGCUGCCGCGGCGCCGGGGCACGGGGAGCGGCGCCAGCGCCGCGGCCGCGCCGCGCUGAGGGCCCGCGG